UUUGUUUCUUUUGUUCUUGGUAAAGACUUGUGCUUUCUUCUCUGUUGCUUCCUUCCCCUGCUGCAUAAAUUCUCUUUCCGCCCUUGCUGUGUGUUCUCUCUCAAGAAAAAUUACAUAUGGGUUCAAGUAAGAGCAGUUUAAAUGGGUCAGGUUCAGAUUCAGGGUCAGGGACUAACAGGUUCAAGCGCAGAGCCCUUGCUUCUCUCUUUUGUGGUGGUUCUGUUUCUCGAGCUCCUAUUGAGACGGGUGAUCAUGUAGAUGAAUCAUUGACAGGAUCUCUUGAAAAUCUAGCUGCUUGUCAUGAUGUGUCAGCGAGCUCUAAGCAGGCCUCAUUUUCUAACCUUGGUUCGGAAACUGGGUUAAGUAGUUCCAGUGUUGAAAGUGGGGACUUAUCUCGAAGUAGUAAUGGUAAGGUUGAGGAUAGUCCUGCUUCUAAGAAUAGCGAGUUACAAUCUCAGCAGUCAAAUGUCCAUGACAGUCUUAUGGAAGCUCAUGCAUCUAGUGCUUCUGUAAAAGAACAGACACCAACAGCAUCUGUCUCUGAUGUUACAACGGUGGCAGGUGUUGUAGGUCCGGAUUCUGAGAAUCUAGAUUCGAAUGAGUCGUCUGUUUCAGAUGCAAGUAUUGAUUUCUCCAAUACAAAUUCUGUUAUUCCUGCUUCCUUAGUACCUCCACAACCACUUUCAGAAUUUGUUUCAUCUGAUGGGGAACAAGAAGCGAGGGCUGCGAGAUUGGUUGUUGUUGAUGUGGUGAGCCUACAAUCCAACAUUUUCUCAAGUAGCUUUGCAGAAAUUAGUAAUCGUGAGGCAAGAAGGAAUAGUAGAAGGAUGUUUUGGGAUGCUUUUUCUAGAAGCAGUUUGAGAAGGAAUGGAGGUUCCCAAACCUUAGUUCUUACAACUAGUCAUGCUGAUGAUCUAGGAUCUCAUGACAGAUGGCUCCUUGAUUUUAGCGGCGAUCUACAUUUCGAUGGAGUUGGUCGUGGAUCUAGAUAUCCUAGCACUAGAAGUCGACGCAGGAGUGAACGGCCGUGGCAAUCAAGAUAUGAGAGAGAAAGAUUUCAUGAUGUGCAUGAUGAACUAGGUUGGGAAGCUUCCUUGUGCCCAGCUGGCCUUCAUCGUAAUGGUACAUGUUUAUGUGAACCCUCUUCUGAGGCUGAGUCGUCUACCAGCCAUGCAAAUAUUUCCCAAAUAAUUCUGUUGACAGAUGCACUUUUUGAGGUUUUAGAGGAAAUUCAUCGCCAUCACCUAUCCCUUUCACCUUCUAUGCUCUCUCUUCCUGCUCCUGAAGCUGUUGUAAAUUCGUUACCUCUGAAGAAUUAUCAAAAGUCUCAUGGAACUGAGAAUGUGGCACAGCAUGAACAACAGUGUCACAUUUGCCUGGUUGAUUAUGAGGAAGGAGAUAAAAUUCGAGUCCUCCCAUGUUCUCAUGAAUUUCACAUGGCAUGUGUUGACAAAUGGCUCAAGGAUAUACAUGGUGUUUGCCCUCUCUGCAGAGAUGAUGUUUGCAAGGGUACGGCUGAAAGUUCGGCCUCAAACCCAGAGAGCACGUCACCUUGAUGCAUAUAUAUAUAUAAAGACUUGUAAAUAAGGCAAAGUUCUUCCUGAAAUGGUUUGAGGUCUUUCCACAAGACCACAGGACAAGGUUACAUGUUAGGAAUUUUAAUUUUCUUCUUUAUGAUAUCCUACGCUUUAAGCUUUUCAACUAAAGUUUAGCUUGCAGUAUAAUCAUUUGCUGUCAACAGUUGUAGAAAUCUUAUAUUAUCAAAUGGCCAUGAAUAAGGUUAUGGAAAGCAGAGGACAUGGAAUGAGAUUUUGAUA